AUGCCCAUAAGUUCAAAAAGCAACAGCAUGGUGGCCCCUGGAUGCCGAACAACUUGCUGCUGUGUUCUUAUGACGGGGCUCGUGGGCCUCUUGCUUGCGCCGAAUCUAUUGGCAUUCUGGCAGUGGGGCAAGGCGAUUUACCAGCUUGGCCUGCGCCAACUGAUUUUUCACUUUCGAAGGGUCAGGAAGUUACGAAGCUGUAGUAUCUGCACGCGGGUCAUCCUCCCGACAGAGCUGUAUAACCUUUGUGGAUGUUGUGAUUUUCUGUGCUGUCAACAUUGCGCUUUGAAGGGCGAGGCUUCCCAUGAGCACGUGCUUCAUGAUGAAGUUGAGCCUUUGGUUGUCCGCACUUCACCACUGGCGGCUGCCAACACUGCUGCACAAGCUUUGGCCAUAUCUUUUCAUCUUUACGCAAGUCGGCGCUGUGUGGGCUGGCGCGCUGGCGAAUCCUACAUUUGGCACUCAUACGAGGAGAUUGGAAAUAUGUCUGCCAAUUUUGCAGACAGCUUACAGCGGCUGUUGCGAAAAGUGUCGGUGACCAAAGGCAUCCCAGUCAUCGGCUUGCUGUCGGCGGUCAGCAUUCCAUGGUUCAUUGUCGACUUUGCAUGCUCUUUGGCGGCUAUCCCGUUGGUAACGAUGCACCGUGCAACAGAUGACGCAGCACUGGCCCAAAUUCUCGACAAGACUGGUCUACGCCUUUUGAUAGCCUCCAAGCACCUCCUCCCGGUGAUCCAGCGGGCUUCAAGUCGCGCAUCUGCAUCGCAGCUGCAACUGGUAAUAUUGAUCGAGGACUCAUCCGAACCGUACUGUUUGCAGCAGUCCUCUCGCCCACUGGUUGAAGAAGAAACAGACAGCAGGCCACCAAGCUGGCAGCAAAACGGAUUUCUCGAGACACUGCAAGAGGGAAACGAUGCUUUGAGAGUACCCUCCUGGAGGGAUCCAAAACGUCUCGCCAAGCUGCUGCCAUCAAGUGGAAGCACUGGAGCCCCAAAACUGGCAGUGGUGACGGAGGAGGCUUUGUUCAAGGACAGUUACGGGCGAACCCCCGAGUCGUCUGUGGAUAUCGUCACCUACGCUUAUGAAGCUAUCCGUCAAAGCCACGACGUGCUCAUGCAGGGCGGACGCAUAGGCGUAUUCUCUGGCUCGUUGGAUCGAAUGCUGGAAGAUGUCAGAGCACUUCGCCCGACUGUCUUUGCGGCAGCACCAACGUUCUGGACGGGCUUGUACAAUGACUUUGAGAACGAUGUUGCUGAGGAGGGAGGUGCAGGCGUUGUCGUGGCAUCAAUAUUCCAGCCAAAUCAGUGGACACUGGAAGACGGCGUAGACAAGGCGACAACUCACAGGACGCAUGCGCUGGGGGUGCAGCGCUUUAUCACUAGGGUCUUUGGCAAGCUCGUUGUGGACGGGUAUGGAUGCACAGAGACUGGCAGGAUCGCCAGCAAUGGUGCAGUGGCAGAGAACGUGGAAAUACGCCUGCUGGAUUUGCCUGAAUUGGGAUAUCUCACCUCCGACAGCCCUCCGCGCGGCGAGAUUUUAGCCAGGACGUCCUAUAUGGCAGGAUACUUCAGCCUGGAGAGGUUCACUGAUCAAGGUACUUUUCGGCAAAUGGAAUCCGACUCAGAGGAUUGGAUCGUGCUCAACAGCGUGAUGUACUUUCGCACUGGCGACGUGGGCGAGCUGGUUGCACCUGGCAACGUGCGUGUGAUCGAUCGAUGCAAGCACCACUUCAAGCUCGCCCAGGGCAUCUAUGUGGCACCGGAGCCAAUCGAACGGGUCUUGCUGCAGAGCCCGCUGAUCUCGCAAAUUUUCAUUUGGGGAUGUGGCGUUAUGCAGGCUACAGGCGCGGUUGCUGUGCCCAGCAUGAAGCUGCUGCAGAAGCUUGGGCUGGCAAACAUGUCGUUGGCUGCUGCUGUCGAGUCAGCCAACGACGAGGCAUCAGCUCUGGUCCUCCAAAGCCUUGCAGAUAUUGGCCGCAGAUGCAGUCUAAGAGCAUGGGAAAUCCCACAGCGCAUUGUCCUCGAGCCGGUGGCCUUCUCGGAAAACGCGGGCUUGCUCACCGCCUCGGGGAAGCUCAGUAGAAUCGCACUUAUUCGCCGUUAUGGAAAGUUGCUGUCCGAUCAGCGGAGCGACUGCACAGGGCUGGAGAUCACCUCAGCGCUUCCACAAACACCUGGGUUGUGCGCUGGGCUACAUCGCAUUCUCAAGCAUAUUUCUCCGAAGCAGAACUUUGAUCCAAGAGACUCUAUCAUCUCACUCGGUUUGGACUCCAUGGGUGUGGCGAGACUCUCUGCCCAAGUGUGGCAGAAGUUUGGGCAUGAGGUUCCAGCACGUGUUCUCUUCACGCUGGAGACCCUUGCGGACCUGGAGCGACUGAUUCUGGCUGGGCCGCGAGCGGCACGCGCGAUUGUCGGCAAGUGUUCCGCGGUCGUGAACUUUGAGGAGGAAGCCGCCGCGAGAUGUGAGGACCUUGCACGUUGCAUAAAAGGCCAGGCCAGUGCCCAAGGGACACCACAGUCGGGUCACGUGGUGCUGCUGACAGGCAGUACCGGUUUUCUUGGAUCCUUUGUUGCUCACGCACUAGCCCACGCCGGUUUCAAGGUGCUUUGCUUGGUGCGGGCCACGUGCCAGGAAGAGGCCACAGAAAGAUUGCGUUCAUGCUUAAGAUUCUAUCAGCUUUCUGAGGAAGUUCCCGAGACAAUAUCUGCUCUGCCUACAACAGGCGUAGAGAAUCCUUGUUUGGGUUUGUCCGAGCAUGUGAUGCCUGGCAUUAUCAGCACAAUCGUCCACUGUGCAGCAACAGUUUCUGGCGUGUUGCCGUACAGCGCCCUGUGCACUUCCAACGUGACCGGUACAAAGCAAGCUAUCUUGUUGGCACUGCAGACAGGGGCAAGGUUGGUACAUGUUUCUACGCUGGGCUUUGUAGAUGAUGGCCAUCCGGAGGUAGGCAGGGUCUCCACAGCCCACUUGCAUCAACGAUCGGGGUAUGCCCAGUCAAAAUGGAUGGCCGAACAGUUGGUCUGGAGAGCCACGGAGUCAUUUGGACUACGAGCGGUUGUCUUGCGACCUGGCACGGUUUCUGGGGCCCGGUCUGGCGCGAGCAACACCACGGAUGCUGUGAGCCUCCUGCUGCUUGGACUCGUCAAGUUGGGCUCUACGUGCCUUGAUGACCGAUCGCCAUUGCCAGCGGGAUUCAAUUUGGUUCCAGUGGACUACGUUGCAGAUGCUGUCGUCGUUGUAGCAAGGGCCAGGCGCAGCUUGCCACCAGGUCCGAUUCAUCUUUGUGCGCAGGAAGCCAUUUCCACCCGAACUUUGUGUCAAUGGUUGAGUGAAGAUGGCCAUGAGUUGAAGGACCUUUCGCCGGAGGAAUUCUGUAAGAGAGUCCAACAGGUGGACGAAACGCAUCCGUUGUAUGCUUUGCGAAGCAGCUUGGGCACUUCAAGGUCUGCCUCUGCAGACCUCCCAGUCCUUGAAGCGCGAAACGAACGAGCUCUGAAGCUGAGGACGCCACGCGCCAUGACCAAAGACUUGUUGGUUAAGUCUAUCAAAUUCUUGAGAUCGGCUCACGAUAGCCAGUGCCAGUUCCGACCACAGUCUAUCACCGAUGAGAAAGGUGUGGCGAAUCCAAAAUGA